AUGUCAUCCUCUUGCAGCUCAUUGCAAGAGCUCAGCGACGCCCUCUCUCGCUUGUCGACUAAAGACGACAAGACAGCCGAGGUCAUCGGCUGGAUUGAACGUCGCGAUUCGAAGCCUCCUUUGACAUCACUUCACCAUCCUGUUGGAGGAAACGCAUCUGGCUCAAACGGCGAUCCUGUGCGCAACUUCAUUGGUACUCCGAUAUGGGCGACCUUUCUUGCGCAUCACGGACUGUCGGACACCGAUGUCGCGUACACAAUGCUGCGCAAAACGUCGGAGGAGCUACCACAGUUCCUCCCGCUUUCUGCGCCGUGUGCGUACGCGAACCCCGCCAAAGCGGACGAAUGUCCUAACCCGGGCUUGCAGGUGUGCAGCGGCUGCCGCCUGGUAAAAUACUGCUCCAAGGAAUGUCAGCACAAGCACUGGAAAAUCCACGCUCUGGACUGCAAGGCUCGUAUUCGGUCGGAGCAGUGGCAGCCCGCGUGGAUUGAGGAAAGACGUCUGCCUACGUUUAUGACUGGUGAGCCGGGAAUGCACCCCCUGAGCCGAGGGCUCCGUCUAUGGGGAGCUAUGCCUCCCACAGACAUCCUAAAGCUGCCGGACACCGAUGCAAAGUCUCUAUCGGACCUGAACCUCAUCUUCAUCGCAUCCGGAGAUCUUCGCAAUGUUUUGAAGACCGUCAAUGGCCUGUCACGGGACUAUGUCGGCAGGCUAACUGUCGUCAUGAACGAUCGAGAAAGUUACGUCACCCUACGCAAUAUACUCAUACUGCAGAUCCUCGCCAAACUUUCGAACAAGCGCAAGGCCGCCGACUUGGCGCUACACCUCUGGUACUCUGCCUUCAUCCCAGCCACGUAUCACAGCGAGAUACUACCUAUCGGAGAGGAAUUAGCCACAGGCACCGGGUUCCUGCAUACGCAACUAGGCCCAAAAGCUGUUCUCGAUGCGGACAUCAGCCAGGAUCUGCGCACGCUCUGUGGAGCGUUGAUGACCUCCUCAAAGAUGUACGGUAUGGGCGACGCUGCGAAUGAGCUUGGCCGCGUCCGGUCUGAUCCUGACCGCAUAGACAUUCGCCAUAGGUAUUGGAAUUCAUGCGAGCCUUCACACCGACUGGCACUGCUUGAGCACAACCACUAUGGCAUCGUGCUCCCCUUUGGUGCGCACAACACGCACUUCAAUUCCCCGAACAGGUUCCUCUUCUCUCCGUGCGGCGAAUGGCUCCAAGACGACGGCGCGAACCCAUUGUACUCUUGGAACAUCGAGGAGGUCAUAGAAUCUGGCAAAGCCCAUGGCACGACGCGCGAGGAUCUGUACGGCUGCCUCUACUACCACGUCACCUCGCAGCUGCAGACGUUCGCAGAGCGGCUCGCACGCAUGGAUAUCUCCAUCAAGAUCGCGAACAUGGACGCGAUCGCCCUCGCGACGAGCAUCCGGCGCGGCGACCUUAUGCGCAUCGGGAUCCCGGAAGAGAUGCGCUUUGAUCGCAUCGACGCCUCGAAUCUCGUCGAUCAAGACUACCUCGGGAUCCCGAGUAUCCUGGAUGCUUGGGGAGGAUUUCUGAAACGAAGAGACGAUGCGACGAUCGUUGGGCAUUUCAUGAACUGGCCAGUGCGCGAGCCUGGCGCUUGGCCCAGCGCGGAAAACAUGAAAGGACUUGUCGGUAAGCUUGUGAAUGAUGGCAAGAUCACACCGCCGGAUCGUAGCAAAAUGCAUACUAGGGAUGACAUGAGAGGUACCUCGGCUCGAUGCUCCUACGCCUUUACUGCCGCGUACCACGACAACUCGAAGGCAUUCGAGGCGCACCUCACCAAGCAAGGUCUCGCCGCUGCGCUGAAGAAGGCGGGCCUCAAGCGCAGAUUGAAACACGAAAUCGUCCCGCACCGUCUCUAUGCACCGCUCGACGGCACGCCGUCGGCCUUGCCGGACUUCAAAGACAAGGAGAGCUGGUACCUGCAGUCGAGUAUCGCAGCGCCGAUGUGGACCGAGCGUUACAUCGAGAUCGUGCCUGCGUAA